AUGAGAGUCUACAAGGAUAUUUUGGGUUACAACAAGGAUGAGUUGUUCUCUGAUGCUUUCGAGAUCAACGAUUUGGGAAUCGUCUACGAGGUCAAGACCAAGCAGAUCUCAAAGGACACCAACGUGAAGGUUGACACUGGAGCCAACGCCUCUGAGGAGGAGGAGGCUGAUGGAGAGGGAGGAGCCCCCAACUCAUCGAUCAUCACCGUCAACAACCUCGUCGACGGCCAGCGUCUGACCAGCACCAACUUUGACAAGAAGGGUUACAUCACCUACCUCAAGGGCUACAUGAAGGCCAUCGAGACCUACUUGGCCGAUAACAACCCAGAUCGCGUCGCUGCCUUCAAGAAGGACGCUCAGGAGUACGCCAAGACCCUCAUCGGCAACUUUGACAAGUACCAGUUCUGGCAGGGAGAGAACAUGGAUGCCGACGGAAUGGUCGCCCUCUCAUACACCAAGGACAAUGAUACCGCUGAGUACUUUAUCUUCUGGAAGGAUGGUGUCGUCUCUGAGAAGUACUAA